AUGUAUGUGAAAUGGUUUGAUACAGUAAUGUUUUACUAUGUUAUUUUAGUGUAUUUAGUGAAUGUCACUUUUUGUCAUUUUCAAAUUUCCCGCCAGUUCCGUCCCCCGUACGUCCUGACGCUCGCAGGAGACGAAACCCAGAUGACAGAUGCCGGAAUCCGCUGGAGGACAUUGCCGGAGACACUGCAGGAGGGACAUCGCGGGGAGCGCAGGACAAGGUAAGAGAAGAACAGAUGCUGGGGCAGCACCACAUGGUAAGCCCGAGUGUAGCUCGGGGAUACCGCUUGUGCUACACUCGGGAAUACCGCCAAAGAGGCUAC